AACUUAACAUCCUUAAUCAAAAUAUUACCGAUUACGAACAUGAAUUGGCAUAUUCUGACAGUAACGAGAAUCUAGAAUGUGGUUCAUUAUUUAAAUAAAUUACCAAGGCUAUCUUAUGCAUAGUAUUUUACUAUUUUAUCUGAAAACAAAAACGUUAUUGCGCGAACGUAAAAUCGUUUAUUAAAACGUGUUGUCUUCUCUUUUCAAGUUUAGUUUAGUCACACUCAAUUAACGUUAGUGGUGGCUGGAGGCCCAGAGAUAAGUGAUACAUUUUGGAAAUAAGUAGUGACAGAUAUUUCGCAUUGAAAGGAUGUGUCCAAUAUCGGGCUUUUUCCAGUCCAUCUUAGUUAUAUUUACAUUACUAUUGGUUUGCCAUGCCGUUUUAGUCAAAAGUUUUUUAACCAUUUCAUUCAAUCCAAAAAAUGUAACUGUUUACAUGUACGAUAGCGUUACCAUAGAAUAUAAUGCUACAAUUACAGAGAACAAUAGUGAAUGUUAUUUGUACAGUGAAAAUCCUCGUGUAGCUACUAUAGAUAAAGAUAUAAUUUUGCGGAACCCAGAAGAAAGAGGAACAUUUAAUUUAACAGGAAACUUUUUAGGUCAAAGUAUAAUAUCAUGUAGAGACCCGAAAACAAAUCUCAAAGUAACCCAAGACCAAUUAGAUGUUAAAUGCAUCAGAAAACAGAGACUGAUAGAUAGAAUUUUCACUGCUUCUACAGCAACGCUGGUGGCAAUAAUUUACAUUAACUUUGGUUGCGUGGUCCAAUGGCCGGAGCUCAAAAAUCUAAUCAAAAAACCUGUGGGGCCAGUUAUAGGAUUUUGUGGACAAUUUAUUCUGAUGCCAGUGCUCAGUUACCUUAUCGGCUACGUCUUGUUUCCUGAUGAUCCAGCCAUGCGCCUUGGCAUGUUUUUUACAGGAGUAUCGCCUGCAGGUGGCGCUUCAAAUAUAUGGACCGCUAUUUUAGACGGCAACAUCGACUUGUCAAUUUUGAUGACCACGAUAAGUACCAUUGCUGCUUUCGCUAUGAUGCCUUUGUGGCUGUUCACACUUGGAAAAACUAUAUUUAAAGAUGCUCAUUUAGAAGUUCCAUAUACUCAUAUAUCGUCCUAUGUGUUCGCUUUAGUCGUUCCUCUAGCCUUGGGAUACUUAAUAAAUAGGUAUUUAAAAAAAGCUGGCACAUUUAUGGGUCGAAUAUUGAAAGGAUUUUCAUCAUUAUUGAUAUUGUUCAUUAUUAUAUUUGCUAUCGUUACGAACUUGUAUCUGUUUGAGCUAUUCUCGUGGAGGAUUGUAGUGGCAGGUAUGGGCCUUCCCUGGUUAGGAUAUUUGCUCGGUUAUAUAUUAGCAGUAAUCCUAAGGCAACCUGCACCAGAUGCGUUGGCUAUAGCUAUAGAAACUGGAAUACAAAAUACAGGCAUAGCUAUAUUUUUGUUGAGAUUCGCCUUGGAACCUUUACAUGCUGAUCUUACAACAGUUGUUCCAGUGUCUGUUGCCAUAAUGACACCAGUACCUUUGUCUGUUAUUUACCUUUACAAGAAGAUAGUGCAAAGGUUUUGGCCAGCAUACAAUAAAAGUGGAAAUAUAACCGAGGCGGCUGAUUUUUGCCAAAGGGCCAAGUCUUCAACUAACUAUAGACAGACCCAUGGAAGACAGGAUAGCGCUGUCGCUUGUCUUAGUUAGAUUUAUGUUUUUUUCAUUAAAACUCAAUACAUUGUAGAGAAAUUCAGGGUUGUGUUUAGAAAAGUGAAAUUUAUUAUUAUUGUUAGAAUGUGUGCUUUUUUUGUAGAAAUCAUAAUUCAUUUGUAGAAACUUUAUGUUAUGUGGUAGUGGUAGUUUUAGAAGAUUGAUGCUAUCAGAAGUAAGUAUUCUGUUUUGUAUGAUUCCAAUUGUUUUCAUUAAGAAUCUGUUCAUUCACCAUUUGAUAAGAAAUUUGUUCCUAAAAUAAGAAAUAUCAAAUAGUUGAUCCCUUGAAUAGAUAUAAGUAUUAAACUGGCUGUACUAUCAAGCUCCAAUAACUACUUUUUCAGUGUCAUUGAUAGGAGUAUCCAUUUUGCAUGUUUACAUUAAAUUUAUUGUAUCAAAAUAUAAAUUUAUACAAACUUUGUUUCAAAUUCCUACUUAUACAAUAAAUUAGUGUCAAAAUGCACUCCUAAUUUUAUAUAAAUGGCAUUGUUUUUGUUAUUUUUAUUAUUUGUUAUAUUUGUUGAAAUAAAAAUAUUUUUGUAAGUUGAAAUCUGUU